AUGUACAACUUCACAUCCCUGAGCGCUCACGGAGAGCCAGCGGGUCGCAUUUUUCUAGGUUUCGCGCUUUCUCUCCUCGUGCUGUGGACGUUAUUGGGGAAUUUCACGGUUUGCGCUGCGGUUUUGCGCUUCCGUCACCUGAGAGGAAAAGUUACCAAUAUCUUCAUCGUGUCUCUGGCGAUGUCCGACCUGCUGGUGGCGGUUCUCGUGAUGCCGUGGAAAGCGGCCACGGAGGUGACAGGACACUGGGCGUUUGGCUCUUUCUGCCAGUGCUGGGUGGCUUUUGACAUUAUGUGCUCCACCGCUUCUAUCCUGAACCUGUGCGUAAUCAGCUUGGAUCGAUACUGGGCAAUUUCAAACCCGUUUCAAUACGAGAGGAAGAUGAACCGUAGAGUCGCCCUCGUUAUGGUCAGCGUAACUUGGAUCGUAUCGGUGGCUAUAUCAUUCGUGCCCGUUCUGCUGAACUGGCACCGGGCAGACCUGGGAACGGUCACCACAAGCAACUGGACCACCAAGGAAAUGUGUGACUCGAGUCUGAGCAGAACCUAUGCCAUUUCAUCCUCUCUAAUAAGUUUUUACAUUCCUGUAGCAGUGAUGCUGGUCACAUACACGCGCAUCUACCGCAUUGCUCAGGUUCAAAUCAAGAACAUCUCUUCGUUGGAGCGCGCAGCUCAGCGCGCACAGAACUGCCGAGCAGGUGCGCACACCUGUCCUCUCCAACACCGCGCGAUAAGAGAAACCAAGCUCUUUAAAACUCUCUCCGUGAUUAUGGGGGUGUUUGUGUGCUGCUGGUUUCCGUUCUUCGUCCUGAACUGUGCGGUUCCUUUCUGCCACAAGCCAAAUUGUGUCAGCGAAGCAACUUUUAACGUGUUCGUGUGGUUCGGCUGGUGCAAUUCAUCUCUCAAUCCGAUCAUAUAUGCUUUCAACUCUGAUUUCAGAGAUGCUUUUGCUCGACUUCUGUGCUGCCAUGGCCUGUGCACCAAAACACCUCUUGAUAUUCAGUGCAAGGAUCUGGUGUCCACUAAUAAUCAGGGCGGCUCUGUUAACACUAUGGACGUCGGUUAUGUCAGUUUGGAGAAGGUGGACAACGAAAUGCAACGUCCAUUGGUGGAGAUACAUAUGUUUGGAGAUGAGAGUGAGGUUCAGCAUACUAACUCUGAAGAUGUGUGUCAGAGUAAAUGACUUUUUUGUUAGGCUUAGGUG